AUGUCACGAAUCCAUGUGCAAAUCGGAUACGACCCUCUCGAUGACGAUUCCAGGAAGAAGAUCUGGGACGGCUAUUUCAAGAAGCUAAGCAAAAAUCACGAAGAAGGAGGUCAGCUCAUCCGCUGCAGUUAUGAUGCAAAGGAGUAUGUUCGUCGAGAGGAGGAUCUGCGAGUCCUCAAAUGGAACGGCCGCGAGAUACGAAACGGUAUGUGGUCUCUGACCCGUCUGGUUGCCAACUUUUAUGCUAACAUAGCCCAAGCAUUCCAAACCGCCGUUGCCCUGGCGUGCUUCCAGGCCAAACACGAAGGGAAUCGUGUUCCUGAGCUGACGGAUGAACAUCUUCGCCAAGUUGUCACCAUGUCACACAAUUUCAAGAGCUAUCUUAAGACAGUGCGUGGAGCUGAGGAAGAGAUGGCUUGGGCUGCGCGAAUCAGAAAUGACGAGACUAAGGCUUCGGAGGGAAAGAUUUCGAGUCAGGUGACCAACAUCUAG